UGUUUUCAGCUGAUUCCGUCGUAUGUCUAGUUGUUGCAUCUAAAAUCCGGUUUUAAAAUACGGUUCCCAUGUAACUAGUACUACUGUUCCUCGGAUUAUAAAGUGAUCAUCAUGAGUGAACAGCGCUACAGGACAAGUUUUAUCCGCGAUUUGGCGUUACGAGAUGUUAACAUCUUUGAGCAGUUGUUGCUGUUAGCUCGGAAUGAACCGCAAUUUACGGGUAACGUUAGUCGUUUGCAGAAACCGGCGCUGGAAGCAACGGUCUGUAUGCUAGUUUUGAAAUUGCAGAAAAAUAGCAACGUUGCGGGACUGGAGGUGAAUUGGGUUGUCGGAUUGGAGAACGUUUUGGGGCUGAUAGAGCAGAAUCACCUGUACCUGCAGAAGGACGAGGAAUGCUUGGGACUGCUGUUGAAUGUUCUAGGGCUUACGGUGAUGUUGGAAGAGGAUAUUGCGAGCUGUGCUCGAAAGGUGGAGAUGUUUGUGGAAAAGUUUCAAACUGAGUACCACGAGUUGCCGUUAUUCUACGAGGUAUUGAGGACACUGUUGAUUGUAUCGUUGGAGAAGGAUCAGUUACAGAAGGCUUUCCUUCAGAUGGAUGUAUCUGAACUGGUGAGGAAUCUUUAUUCGGAUUCGCAUCAAAUUCGGAUGAAAUCGUUGGCCUGUUUGCAACUGUUGAUCUACUUUAGGUCUGAUGUUAUCGAUGAUUGGCAUCGAGCAAUUCAGGAAGGCGAACGGAAGAUAUCGGAAGAACAUCGGAGCUUUAUGCUUUGCCAUCUGGUUGAAACGGUUGUACAGCGAAAGGAUAUGAAAGGAUCGUUCUUAAAGAUUGUAGAAUCGAUCGAAACGUGGAAAUUAAUACAAUCUAAUUGCGAGUCUGAUGAUCAGUUGGUGCGAAAGGAGGGCCUGUCUGUGAUCAAAAACAUUCUGGCUUACUUAAAAGAGGCAAUCAAAGAAAGUAUAGCAAACGAUUUGUUUGAAUGGACGGCGAAGGAUGUAAAGAAGCUGACCGAAGCGUGGCAAUGUUUUGUAACGAUUUUGGAAACGUUGAACGAGUCUCAAACACAUUUGAUAAUGCCAGCUCUGCCGUUGAUUGAAAAGCUGAGUUCGCUAAGUGCGGCCUGGAAGAACUCCAUUUUUAAAUUGAUUCUGAGGCAUGAAAAUCUUGCCGUUUCCGGUUGGGGGAUUGAUUAUUUAUUGGAGAAGAGUAAAUUUGAUGGAAAUCGACAGCAGCUGGAAGUGAUUUUUCUGGCUGCGUUGAACAGAACGGCAGUCUUUCAGAAUUUUGAUAGAAUUAAACGUCUUUUGGUUGAUUACUAUUCGGAGGAAGGGGGAGCUAGCUUUUUGAUGAAUCAUCUCAAGGAUAUCGGUUGGGGAUCGGUUCCGUUUACUUGCAUGUUGGAAGCGGUAGAUCAACUGCUGGAUUCAACGACUCAUGUACCGUGCUUGCAGGAAUCAGUCAACAACUUAACGGAGCAAUGUCUAACAAUCAAGAACAUAAAUCUUCGAUGCUUAGCUUCUUUGCAACUAUCACAGAUGUUGUUGAAAUUAGCACUUAGAGAGGAUUUGAGUGCCCAAAUUUCAUUGGACCGGACUGUGUUGCAAAUGAAUGCGCUUUCGAAGGUUACCCAAAGGAGUUUUGCAGAGUUGGAAGAUUGGAAUCGAGUCCAGCAGCUCAUUGAUGGAAGUUGCUUCGAACGGAUGUUGACCAGGGUGAAGCCUUCGGAUGACAAUAUCAUUAAAGACGUAUUCGUUCCCUAUAUGCAGAAUGACCGUACGUCGACCGAACGGCGGUUGAAGCAGACAUUUGAUAGGGAUUUGCUAUUGGCGGUCAGGAUCCUACAUUACGGGAAACUUCCAUUCGUUGAAGCAGAGCUUAAAAUAAAGCUUGAUAACCUGGUAAAGCACUUCAGCGAAGACUGUGAAAUUAACCUCAAAUCGUUGGAAAUAUUCAAGGAAGUCGGGAAGAACUGCCAACUUAUUCCCUUGAUGGAGGAUAUUAUUCAGAAGCUGAUACACAUUCUCCACAGACGACUGAAUAGGUUGAACUAUGAAAGUCCUGCCAUAGCUGUCACGGUGCAGUUGGUUCACCUCUUCUCCCGUCUGCAUCGAGUGGACAUGGUGGACCAGUUUUUCACCACAUUCAUGUUGGACGAGCUGGUAAAGACGAUUCAAUUACGAAACAGCGAUAAGAGUUUGUACGGAUCUGUAUUUGCGGCUUUGAGUGAUGUGUUCCUGUUCAGAUUAAAAUCUGACUCAGAUAACGGUGCCGUCAAGAAGCAAAUCAUUUUGGAUUAUUCUAAACUAAUCGACGUUGGAGAUGUCCAUGUUUUGUUUAACACGCUCGAAAUCCUGUCGUUUAUAUUCGGGAAAAAGGUACAGGAUUUGAAUGACGAUUCUGAUUUUCACACCCUAUCCUUGAUAGUAAAUCGAUGCUACAAGGAGAUUCUAAUCUACCGGAAGUCAGAUCAUUUUUUGAAAGUGAUGAACAAGUUCAUCGCUACCCUUUUGGCUCCAUGGAGUGGAGAAGCGAAUUCAUCUGACGAGAGUAACCGAUGGUUGAAGGAAGUCGUCACCGAUUACUUCACGGCUUUCUUGGAACAGGCUGUCGUAAUCGGAGGUUUGGCGAAUAUGCUGUUCGAAAAGAUGCUUCUGUUGCCAAUUGAGACACUUCUAGACUGGAAUGCGUUUGGGAAGCUACUGCUAAGCGGUUUACUUUUCGGAGACGGGCAGAAGCGAGAGCAGAGAAUUGAAGAUGAAGCUUGCGUAGCGAGUAAGUUCUAUGGCACUUCCCUUUUCAACCCACCAACCCAACUGCAAUCCGAUGCCCGUGUCAGAAUCUUGUGUGGUUUGUUCCUCUAUCGACUAGCUAAAACCAACCACCCGGAUGCCACCCUCUUCCUGCUGAAACUCGAGCGAAUGCUGAUCGAAAAGUUCCAGCAGAUAACGAAAUCCAAAGAACGCUACUACGCCGAUUCCCAAACCCAUCGACACAAACUCCGAAUCAUGCAAGCGCUUUGCGUGGUCUUCAAACUGACUGGCACCAAGCCUUACUCGCUGCUGGAAAUCGUCCUGUACGAAACCAACCAGCCCAACAUCAACUACCUCAUCGAGCUGAUUCUGGCCGACUCCUCCAUCGACACCCUCACCAUCAUCAACUCCCUCAGGAACGACAGAGUAAAGGUGUCCGGCGUGCAAUCCGUGUUCGUAAUCCUGUGGUUACGCUGUUGCAAAACCAACUACCUCGAUGUGGAGUAUAUUAACUUUCUGCUGCCGUGGACGAUGGCGCAGAACUUCUCUACGCGACUCUACGCCCAGAUUACUAUCUCAAAACUGUUGGAAAAGUUUUACGAAAAACCCAACCAAACGGGUUGCUGUCCGUUCACCAAUAUCUACUGUGCAAUCAAUAGCUACCUUAAACAGGGUAACGUCGAGAAGAACUUGGAAAAGUGCAUGAAGGACUUCCGCUUCAACAGUAUCUUCGACUACGACAAUCUUCUGACGUUGGAAAAUGUGUACCACAAUAUUCCCAGGGUGUCGGGAAUGGCUGCAGAGGACGUGGUCGCUACGAAGAUUCUCAAGGAGUGCUUUGAGGUGCUGCAGCUGGCUGAGGUCAAUAUGGGCGUGGCUGUUGAAUUUGAUGAACUGGUCAGCGAGAGGAAGGAAAAUCUGUUUCUCAGUCAUGGUUUCGGUGGAUCGGAUCACAUUCAGAAGAAGAUUGUACCGUUGAAGUGUUUGGAGCCGGGUUUGGAGGUGUUGACGAAUUUGCCGGAGCAGCUGCGUUUGAAGAAGAAGGAUAACAUCGAAGGUUUGAUAAUCGUCGCCAGUUUGGUCAACCGACCACCCAAUCUUGGUGGCUUGGCGCGAAGUAGCGAAAUUUUCGCCGUGAAGCAGUACGUUGUUAACUCGCUGAAGGAUUUGGAAAACAAGGAAUUUCAGGCGUUGAGCAUGACGGCGGAGAAGUGGCUGAACGUGGCGGAACUGAAAUCCUUCCAAAUCGUCGACUACCUGUUGCAGAUGAAGGCCAAAGGUUAUUCCAUUGUUGGAGCGGAACAGACGACGGGCAGCCGGCCUAUUCAGAAGAUUACAUUUCCCAAGCGGUCAAUUCUGGUGCUGGGACACGAGAAGGAGGGCCUUCCGGCGCACAUUAUCUCCCAUCUGGAUAUCAUUGCGGAGAUUCCACAGUUUGGGGUGGUUCGUUCGUUGAACGUUCACGUUACCGGUGCUAUUUUUAUGUGGGAGUAUGCCAAGCAGCAUCACGUGGUGGAUUGUUGAUUGAGA